AUUUCACAGGCAUUCAAAUAUAUCAGAUGGAGGCUGGAGCGCCUGGUCAGAGUACGGCAACUGUAGCUCUAUGUGUGGCUCAGGUCACCACACCCGAGUGCGCACCUGCACUGACCGGCUUCCGCGGGCGGGGUCAUGCUUGUGUAGGCCCCUCCUUGGACAGGGCCCUGUGUGAUAAUGGACCGUGUCCAGAUAAUAUCCACAUCUGUGACAGCAAGCUGGUUCAGUACGCUAAACAGACACAACAGGCUAUCUUGCCUUUACAAAAACCACCUUGCAGUAAUAUGGAGUUCAUCAGUCAGCAGAUGAUGCUUGUUGACCUUUGCUCUGCUCCGAGUGACUACAGCAACUGGGUGCUAGGAGAGGAUGUAAAGUUAAAUUGUUCAAGUCUGCCCUUGUACAUUCCGAUCGCUUCAGUGAACCGCACCAGCCAUGCACGACACUAUGGCAUCCUUACAGACUACAAUGAAGGCAUUCUUAAGGUGAUCCAAAGGAGAAUUUAA